AUGUUUUCUUACUUUAUAUCAUUAAUUGAUAUUUCAAUAUUUCAAUCGGAGCGACAAUUAUUUUUUGAAACUCAAUAUAUAGACCCCUUAAAAGAUCCCACAUUAAAUUAUCGUAAUAAUAAUACUAGAGUUAAUGGAGUUAUAAUUGUAUUAGUUAGGAAUGCAGAAUUACAUGCUCUCCGAGAAACCAUGGUGCAUUUUGAAGAUCGUUGGAAUAAAAAGUAUCAUUAUCCUUACGUAUUUUUAAAUGACGAAGAUUUCACUGCUGAAUUUAAAAAAUUAGUUUCAAUUAUUACGGAUUCCGAAACAUUUUAUGGAAAAAUACCAAAACGUAUGUGGAGUUAUCCACAUUGGAUAAAUCAAACAAAAGCUGCGGAAUCCCGUAAAGAUAUGGAAUCCAAGAAUGUAAUUUAUGGUGGUAGUGAAUCAUAUCGUCAUAUGUGUCGCUUUAAUUCCGGAUUUUUCUUUCGCCAUGAAUUAAUAGAAAAAUAUGAUUUUUAUUGGAGAUUGGAACCAGGAGUAGAAUUUCUUUGUGAUAUUGAUUACGAUCCAUUUCGAUUUAUUAAAAAUAAUAAUAUAACUUAUGGAUUUACUAUUUCUCUUUUGGAAUUACCUGAAACUAUUCCAACUUUAUGGGAGACUGUAAUGGAAUUCUCUAAAAAAUAUCCUCAAUAUAUUAACAAACAUAGUGUAUCUAAAUUUAUUUCUUCAUCAGGAGCAACGUAUAAUGGAUGUCAUUUUUGGAGUAAUUUUGAAAUUGGAAAUUUAAAUUUUUGGAGAAGUGAAAGAUAUUUAAAAUUCUUUAAUUAUUUAGAUCAAGCUGGUGGAUUCUUUUAUGAAAGAUGGGGAGAUGCACCAGUGCAUUCUAUAGCAUUAGCAUUAUUCCUAGAAAAAUCACAAAUACAUUUCUUUAACGACAUUGGAUAUAAACAUUCCCCCUUUCAACAUUGUCCUAUAGAGAAGAAGUUUCAUGAAAGUGGUAAAUGUUUUUGUGAUCCUACCGAAAAUUUUGGUAAGUUAUAUUUUCUUUAUUUUCUUGAUAUGUACGAUGUGCAAAUCUACGAUGUGUAG